UUUGCAAGAGUUGGUAAUAAAGAUAACAUUUACACUAGUCAAAACGCACAUCCAUUCUACUUUUUUAUGACAGCAAAACUGAUAACUUCCGAAUAACUGGUUCGGAAUUCAUACCACGAAAAAACCAGGAUCAACUGGAUCAACUGGUAGUACAGCCAGCCGAGAAUAUGCAUAGUGUAAUCAAAACCAUCCAAAAGACCAUCACCAAGCGACAGCAUAAGCUGAUUGACUAUGAUCGAUACCGUACAUCACACCAGAAAUUUAAAAACAUGGCUGAUCGAAGCCCUAGUGAGGACAAACAAGUGUACAAGCUUGAAGGCCAACUGGAGACUGCCACGCAGGACUACGAGUACCUGAACGACAUGUUGAAGCAGGACUUGAUGCGGUUUUUCCGCCUGGCUAGCUCAUUUAUCGGCCCUGUCCAAGAAAACUUUUACAGCAUCCAGUGCCGGGUGAUAGGUGGCAUGUAUGGUCGGAUAUACGAGGUAGUGGAUAGUCAUCGUGAAUACUUUGUCACACUUGACCAGCCAUUGGAGGACGGAUUCCAGUGGCGAAUGAGACAGCGGGAUGUCAAGAGUGAGCUUGAACAGCUGGAUGUGCUGAAGAAGGGUAGCAGUUUGAACGGGAAUCUGGUUCGGCCGGAGCAAGCGACGCUUCAAGAACGCGCUGCAGCGAAACAGCAACAGCAGCAGUACCAAGAACAACAGCCACCGCCGUACUACCAGCAGCAGCAUGCGCCAUUGGCAGACCCGGUGGCACCAUCAUCGGCACAGCAGCGAAGAGCGCCACCACCGCCUCCACCCAAGCCUCGUAUGAAAGAGGUUGUGGUUGCACUGUACGACCUGGACGCACAGCAGGAAGGGGACCUGUCGAUCCGGAGCGGUGACAGAAUUGAGAUAGUGGAAAAGACGGAUAACACAAUGGACUGGUGGAAGGGUCGGAUUGGUGACCGCGAGGGCAUGUUUCCAGGUAAAAUUCCAUCAGAUAACGGGGGGGGGGGAAAGUUUGCCAUGUGGCAAGAAGCAAAUGGAAACUCACCCUUCUGUCUGUUCUUUCCCCACUCAGCCAACUAUGUGGAACCAAGCCUGUGAAGCCCAGUAUGUAUAACACUCAUACAAUGGACGGUUGCACAAGCAUCAUGCCCUUCCUUUCCCUCCUUUCCUCACCCGUCAUACAUACCAGACGGGUUCAUUUCUCUUUUCCCUUACUUUCUGCUCUUUAACCUUGUUUUCCUCCUUUCAUUUCAUUUAAGCGUGGGGAUGCGGGGGGUGGGGCGGGAAUAUCAUACAACCACGUUGUCUCCAGCAAUACCGAUUGCGUCUGUUUCACACUCACUUGUCGGUU